AUGCAAGUGACAGCAUACAGCUAGAAAACUCGUUGUAUAGGAAAUGUCUCACCCAUGAUGGCGCUGGGAACCCCCCAGUUGGAAAAGCAUGUGAUCCUGACGACCCUAACCAAGAAUGGCGUUGGAUCGAACAUCUCAUUUUACAAAACAUUGGUUCUGGACAUUGUCUGGAGGGGUUUUCAACUCAACCUAAUUUUCGUAUGCAAGAGUGUGAUUUUUUGUCAAAACAACAACAUUUUACUUGUAUUUUCAAUGUCAUAAGAGGCGAUACAAAUAUCUGCCUCGAUGAUAGUACAUUACAAAUGAUAUCUGGUGCUGAUACUACUGUGCACGAAAGCCAGUGCAAAUGGAAGAUCUUUGGUUCUUCGAAUGACAGGUCUAUUUGUAAUACGACGACAG